GAAUGCAAACGUUAAAAUGAUGCAGAAGUCUGCGCAAUAAGGUUCGUUGGAUGCGACACUUCUGAGUUACCCUAAAUUUCCAAAGUCUGGAGAACAUCCAGGAAAGGUCUUGGAAACAGCUGCGAAGGAUUCGGUCACAGGUAUGUCGACCACUUCGGAGGGUGCAAGAUGCAUGCGCCGGACAGCGCCUCCUGUCCAGAAAGCCCAGCCCGCGGCUGACUCUCACUUCCGUACGAUGACCCAAGAUGGUGGGAUCCGCGAUUGAAAACCACAUUCAAGAUGUCGGCUUCCGGCUUUCCCGGCAGCGUCCCGCGUGGCUACCGGAGCCACGCCCACUUCCGGCUCCCUUGCUCCGGCAUGGCUGCCUUAGGGACCUGGCUGUCCAGUGUCCGGAGGCUGCACAGCAGCGUGGUGGCGCGGGCCGGCAGCCAGUGGCGACUCCAGCAGGGCCUGGCGGCCAACCCUUCCGGCUAUGGGCCCCUCACGGAGCUCCCUGACUGGUCUUUCGCGGAUGGCCGUCCUGCUCCCCCAAUGAAAGGUCAACUUCGAAGAAAAGCUCAAAGGGAGAAGCUCGCAGUGAGUGAGACGAGUUGUACUGCUGACACAGGAAAUGGAUGCUGGAUUACAGGCCUGGAAGCUGAGGCAGCAGAAAUUGCAGGAAGAAAGGAAGCAGGGACACGAUCUUAA